AGUUGUCACAUGGCCUCAAACAACAGUUGUCACUAGGCCUCAAACAACAGUUGUCACAUGGCCUCAAACAAAAGUUGUCACUAGGCCUCAAACAACAGUUGUCACAUGGCCUCAAACAACAGCCGAACCACAAGAAAAUUCACCAAUAGUUGGCGAACAUGUUGGCAGUGGUGCUUUAAGUUCAGCUCAUAUAGUAAUGGUUGCCUCAAUUGCAAGUGUGGUAUUGUUAAUAGUGGUUGUUGCAGUCGUCAUCCUUAGUCUGUGUCUCUACAGACGAAAUGCUCGACUCAAGGCAGAGAAUACCAGACUGCGUAACAAUGCGGAUUACGAUACACCUGGACCUGCAAACAUAUCAAACCCUGUUUACAAUGAGAUUCUCGGUGCCCAAGGACCAUCAGAUCCUCCACCAUGCUACAAUACUGCCAUGGCAACAACAAAAGUCCCACUGACUCCUCCAACCUAUGCAGAAAUAAACAACAUUGACAAUCCCACUUAUGCUAAUGUAGCUCUUGACAUUUCCCAAAGAAACAAUACAGUUACCUAAUAAGCCAGAACCAUGAAUAUAGCUACGGAAAAUGGAACAUUUUCAUUAUGAGCCACAACCAUGGCUGUAGCUACAGGCAACUUAAGAUGCCGAUAAAUAGAUAACAUGGAAAAGUUAAAAUCUGUAUCUUUUAAGCUCUCUGACAUGUAACAUUAUAACAGUUUACCAAUAGACUAAUUUCCUACUUUAAAGAGAGCUUCAUCUGUACAGUAGUAAUUACUCGACUCCAGGCCUUGAAUACUGCCACACUAAGUUGUAUACAAAUGGAAUAUAAAAGUCAUAGAAAGCACCAUUAUUAUCAUCAAUAUUCCAGAGAAACACAUGGACAUUUGUACAACUAGUUACUUUAACGUCAAUGUAACAAAAUGGAUGAAUUUCCUGGUU